AGAACUCACAGGGAGACCCACAGACACAUAGACACGGGAGAGAGAGGAGGAGAAAGACAGAAACAAAGGCACGGCGGAAGGAGGCAGAGAGAGGACAGGCACAGAAGCGAAGCCAGACAGAGUCUGAGGGAGUGCAAAGGGAGAGGCCAAAGAAGCUACAGAAGACACAGGCAGGGAGAAACAAAGAUCCGGGAGAGGAGGGUGUGGGAGAGUUUGGAGGAACCAGACCACUAGGCACCUCUCCUAAGCCUAAGGGCCAAGUUUUCUCCAUCUCCUCUGAAGGUCCCCAGACCCUCUGAAAAUUCUGCCUCUGACCCUGGCUGGGGUCCGAGCCCCCAAGCUGCAGAGAGGAGUUUUCCAAAGCCAGGGCGGGGAGGACUUGGUGCCCAGACGGCCUCAGUCCCUCCCAGCUUCAGCACCAGUGCCAUGUCCCGGACGGACCCGCAUCCCGGGAGGGGCUUGGCGGAGUGCUGCCUGUGGGGAAUCCAACCCCGCCUGCUGCUCCCCAGCGUGCCCGUCUCCGAGCUGCUUCUGCUGCUGCUGGCCUCCCUCCUGCCCUCAGCCUGGCCGGCCAGCCCCCUCCCACGGGAGGAGGAGAUAGUGUUUCCAGAGAAGCUCAACGACAGUGUCCUGCCUGGUUUGGACACCCCUGCCAGGCUGUUGUACCGCUUGCCAGCCUUUGGGGAGACGCUGCUACUAGAGCUGGAGCAGGACCCCGGCGUGCGGGUGGAAGGGCUGACGGUGCAAUACCUGGGCCGGGCGCCUGAGCUCCUGGGCGGGGCAGAGCCGGGCACCUACCUCACUGGCACCAUCAACGGAGAUCCGGAGUCGGUGGCAUCUCUGCACUGGGAUGGGGGAGCUCUGUUAGGGGUGCUGCAGUAUCGAGGGACCGAACUCCACAUCCAGCCCCUGGAAGGAGGCACCCCUAACUCUGCUGGUGGGCCUGGGGCUCACAUCCUACGCCGGAAGAGUCCUGCCAGCGGCCAGGGCCCCAUUUGCAACGUCCAGGCUCCUCCCGGGAACCCCGGUUCCAGCCCACGAAGAGCCAAGCGCUUUGCUUCACUGAGUAGAUUUGUGGAGACCCUGGUGGUGGCAGAUGACAAGAUGGCGGCAUUUCACGGUGCUGGGCUAAAGCGCUACCUGCUGACGGUCAUGGCAGCAGCGGCCAAGGCCUUCAAGCACCCAAGCAUCCGCAACCCUGUCAGCUUGGUGGUGACUCGGCUAGUGAUUCUGGGGCCAGGUGAGGAAGGGCCCCAAGUAGGGCCCAGUGCCGCCCAGACCCUGCGCAGCUUCUGUGCCUGGCAGCGAGGACUCAACACCCCCGAGGACUCGGACCCUGACCACUUUGACACGGCCAUUCUGUUUACCCGUCAGGACCUGUGUGGGGUCUCUACUUGUGACACUCUAGGCAUGGCUGAUGUGGGCACUGUGUGUGACCCAGCUCGGAGCUGUGCUAUCGUGGAGGAUGAUGGGCUCCAGUCAGCCUUCACUGCUGCUCAUGAACUGGGCCAUGUCUUCAACAUGCUCCAUGACAACUCAAAGCCAUGUGUUGGUCUGAAUGGGCCUGGGAGUACCUCCCGCCAUGUCAUGGCUCCUGUGAUGGCUCACGUGGAUCCCGAGGAGCCCUGGUCCCCCUGCAGUGCCCGCUUCAUCACUGACUUCCUGGACAAUGGCUAUGGGCACUGUCUCUUAGACAAGCCAGAGGCUCCCCUGCAUCUGCCUGUGACUUUCCCCGGCAAGGACUACGAUGCUGACCGCCAAUGCCAGCUGACCUUUGGGCCUGACUCACGCCAUUGUCCGCAGCUGCCGCCGCCCUGUGCUGCCCUCUGGUGCUCUGGCCAUCUCAAUGGCCACUCCAUGUGCCAGACCAAGCAUUCACCCUGGGCUGAUGGUACCCCCUGUGGGCCCGCACAGGCCUGUAUGGGUGGCCGCUGCCUCCACGUGGACCAGCUCCAGGACUUCAAUAUCCCACAGGCUGGUGGCUGGGGCCCCUGGGGAUCAUGGGGUGACUGCUCUCGGAGCUGUGGAGGUGGUGUCCAGUUCUCUUCCCGGGACUGCACACGGCCCAUCCCCCGGAAUGGCGGCAAGUACUGUGAGGGCCGCCAUACCCGCUUUCGUUCCUGCAAUACCCAGGACUGCCCAACUGGCUCAGCACUGACCUUCCGUGAAGAGCAGUGUGCUGCCUACAACCACCGCACUGACCUCUUCAAGAACUUCCCAGGGCCCAUGGACUGGGUUCCUCGCUACACAGGUGUGGCGCCCCGGGACCAGUGCAAACUCACCUGCCAGGCCCGGGCACUGGGCUACUACUAUGUGCUGGAGCCACGGGUGGUAGAUGGGACCCCCUGUUCUCCAGACAGCUCCUCAGUCUGUGUCCAGGGCCGCUGCAUCCAUGCCGGCUGUGACCGCGUCAUUGGCUCCAAAAAGAAAUUUGACAAGUGCAUGGUGUGCGGUGGGGAUGGUUCUAGCUGCAGCAAGCAGUCUGGCUCCUUCAGAAAAUUCAGGUACGGAUACAACGAUGUGGUCACCAUCCCCGCAGGGGCCACCCACAUCCUGGUCCGGCAGCAGGGUACCCCUGGUGUGCGGAGCCUCUACCUGGCCCUGAAGCUCCCCGAUGGCUCCUAUGCCCUCAAUGGUGAAUACACGCUGAUACCCUCCCCCACAGACGUGGUCCUGCCCGGGGCAGUCAGCUUGCGCUACAGCGGGGCCACUGCAGCCUCGGAGACACUGUCCGGCCACGGGCCCCUGGCUCAGCCCUUGACGCUGCAGGUCCUGGUGGCUGGCAACCCUCAGAACGUACGCCUCCGCUACAGCUUCUUUGUGCCCUGGCCCGCCCCUUCAACGCCACGCCCCCCUCCCCAGGACUGGCUGCACCGCAAGGCACAGAUUCUGGAGAUCCUCCGGCGGCGCUCCUGGGUGGGCAGGAAAUAACCUCACCGUCCCGGAUGCCCUUUCUGGGCACCGGGGCCUC